AUGCUGCUGCUCGCGGUGGAAGGCUCCCUCACCAUCGGCGGAUUCCCAUCGAAAGUGCUUGGUGAUGAAAGCCUGGCUGGUCAGCUCAAGAAGCUGGAGGCAAUGCCGGCCACACAUGUGACAGCGGAGACCACCAAGAAUGGCUGGGCGGUGAAGCUUCAAGAGGGGGCAAGCAUCCUGGUUCCACCAAACACUUGUUGGUUCGAGCGGGCGGGAGGAGACGACGACACUCACAGCGUCCGGCAGCUCAUUGCUCGGGACGCUUGCCUUGGGCCCAUGAAAGAGUGGCUGCAGCAAAUGCACUCGGAAGGGAGUGUGACCGAGCAGGACAGGCUGCACAAGAUGCUCGAGUUCCGGCAAAAACAGCAGGAGCAGUGA